AAAGAAGGGCGGGGUGUCUGUAAACGAAGCCUCUAAAUUAAUCCCAAUAUUCCGUAUUUAAUGCACAAAUGUAAAUCGAAAAUGUUACCAAAUUGUACAUAAAUGCUAUUGCUUCAGAUAUGACUUUGAAAUAUUAUCAGUUUAUUGCACUUUGGUAUCAAAAUGUGAUGUAAUAACAAAAUAUUUUGACGCUACUCACCUCAGAUAUUGAAAUCUCGAGACCUCUCGUUUUCUCUCUUUCAGCCUCGUUCUGGGGUUUGUUUCAAAAUGGUUGCUCAUCUUUUUUGAGUAUCAAAAUUGUCCAUAAAAAGUUUGAUAUCUAUUAUAUACGGAGCCAUAGAGUUAUUCUUUUGUAUGCGGAGAAACACAGUCAUGACUAGUAAUAAUGCUCAUCUUUAUAAAUGGAAAAGAAGCACACAACCUAGAGUCUACAGUCGUUCACAGAGAGUUACUUCCGAUGACAAUAUUCAGGAUUGGGUGAAGAAAGUGGAAGAUGUCUCCAAUAUGGCAGCAGCACAAACAUUUGGGACGUCAUAUGUUCCACGUUAUAGUGGGACUAAAUUAGCCCAAGGAGUUGCAAACCAAGUUCAUGAAGAAAGUGACAUUCACACUGAAGCCCAGGAGCUGCUCAGUCAAUGGAUGCAAGAGAAAUGUAACAUGGAUUCAGAAGUUCAGCUUGAUGACUCAGAUGAUGUUAACCUCUAUAGUGGAGAGAAAAAGACCAGUGUCAAGUCAGAGUGGGACAAGUUGCUAGAGGCAGCUGGGGACUCCAAUGAUAACCUUUACAUGCAGCACUCUGCCAGACAGAGGGCACAGGAUAUGUAUGAUGAUGUCGAGGGAGCUGAUGAGGGGGACCUGGUUGACUCUGUCUUGCAUGCGAUGCUCAACAAAGAAGUUGUGAAGGAUGAUUUCUUAAAUGAUUUAGGACUUACUGACCCUAAGAAAAAGUACAAGGAUCCCAGAAUGAAAAUGGAAUUAAGACACAAGCAGGUGAAAGAGAACAGAGAGAAAAGAACUCGACUUGAACAAGAGAAGCAAAUGGAAAAGAAAAGGAAGAAAGAAGCUACAUUCCAAGCUAAACAAAUUUUAAUGAAGGAAGAAAAAGCUCGCAAUCUUCACAAUAAAAAGGAGGAUGAAGCAAUUCAGAAGCAGAUGAAUCUUAUUAGGAAACAAAUGGCAGAUGAACAGGCACGGAUCAAUGAGGAGAAAAUCAAGAAAAAGCUUGAAAAUGAGCAAAAGGCUGAAAAAGCAAGAGAAGCAUUGGAAAGACUGGAACAUGAUGAGGCUGAGCAGUUGAAUGCUCUUGAGGCAAAGAAAAUUGAAAGGCAGCGAAACAUUAUGAGAAAAAUCCAGCAUGUAGAAGCAAGAAAAUCUGCUGACAAUUUAAAGAUGUUGCAGAGACACUUUUCUGCUUGGUACCAGCUGUUGCUGGAUCGUAGGCUGAAGAUUGGUAAAGCGAGGGCUAUGGCAGAUUGGAAAUGCCUGCUGAGGGCUUGGAAUGCUUGGAAGUCAUACUCACGCAGCAAACGUUUUGAGAGGGAAUCCCAGCAACAUGCUAUGUACAUGAAGAUACACCAUAGGCAAAAUGAAAUGGCACAAGAGCACUAUUACCAAACUCUCAUGAAGAAAUGCUUACAAGCCUGGCAGCUGUUUGUCCAACAGGAAGUUGCUCAACGAGAGCUGGCUUCCUUUCAGGAGAAAACUCGUAGCAAAAUGGCAGCAUUUCUUGAGGCAGCCUCCACUGGAAAAUUAUGGGACGGAAAUGAACAAUCUGAUAGGUCCCAGAAAGAUGAAAUAGACACAGAUCGUAAAGUGGAUGAAAUGUUUGCUGAAGGAAGCAGCAAGUGCCACUCUGGUGGAGGAGUGACAGACAGAAGUGAUCUCAGUUCAGCAAGGAGCACCAAGUCAAAUAGUUCUUUAAAGAAACCAACUGAGCCAUGGCAGGUAACACGACGUCAUGUCCAGCUUACAAAAUCACAAUUAGCUCCACAAGUGCCACCUAUAAAUACAAAUGAAGACUAUGAUGAUGAUGUUUCUUCAAACAGGGAGAAAACUAGAAAUGCCAGACAAACUAAAAGAACAACCAAUAAAACUAGUCUUCAAGCAGAAAAUACUUUCAAGAAUCGUCAUGAAGCCCAACAGAAAAUUCUUCAAGAGCAGCAAAAACAAUUAAGAGAGCAAAAGCGACUGAUAGAGGACUUACAAUUUCAACAGCAGAAUCAGCUGUUACAGCAGCAGAUUCAACAGCAGCAGAUGAUUCAAGAACAGCUGAAUAAUCUAACUCCUCAAAGUGCAGCUGGUGUUUUAAGUAAUUUACAACACAACAUUGUCAUUAAAGAAAAAGAUACAAAUGUUGAACAGGACACAGCAAGGUCUAAUGCAUCCAAGACCACACCAAGAAUGCCAACCUCAGCGCGUAGUGAGAGAAGUACAGCAUCAACUUCAAGUAAAACAUCCACCAACUCUAAGCAUUCCAAGUUCCAGCAAGCUAUGGAAGAGAGAGCUGCUGAGAGAGCUCGCAUUAAAAAGGAAAGGGAGGAAAGGCGCAUGAAGGAGGAAGAAGAAAAAUUGGAGAGGCUGAAGGCUGAGGAAGAGGAAAUGUUGAAGAAACAAGAUGAGGAAAAACAAGCAAGAAUUGCACUCAGAAGAGAGCAAAAGCUUUUAGAAAAACAGAAAGAAAAGGAAAAACAAGAACAAGCUUCUAGAAUGAGAGAGCUUCAAGAAAAGGCAGAUGUCCACUAUAGACUAAGCGUCAUGAAGUAUUGGGGUUUUAUUCCACUUAGAAAGGUGGCAGUGCAGGCUAAAAACGACAGGAAUGCUGCUGAUCAUUUCAACAAUACAUGUCUAAUGAGGCACGCUUUUACGAGGUGGGACAGUAAAACAAGACAGGUCGUCUCAGAGAAAGAGAAAGUGGCAGAUGAAUAUUAUGACUUCCUUAUAGUGAAGAGAUGCAUGAACAACUGGAAAAGGUGUCGGCAGUAUAUGGCAAUCCAACAGGAAAAGGCAGACAUGUUUUACCUGAAAAGGUUACGUGCACGUUUAUUUCUUGCCUGGGUAGAUGUCACCACUGAAGAGAAAAUAUCUGGCUGGGAAAAAGAACGAAUAGCACGGGAGCAUAACAUAUGGCGUCUCAAGAGGAUCUCAUUCAGCAACUGGAGACAAUACCCUAUUAUGUUAAGGCAGGAACGUGAGAAAGAAAAGCGAAUCAUGAACUUACGAAGAAAAGUAGCUUCAAUGUUACCAGACUUUGAAGGUUCUUCUCUUAAAGACUCUCCCUGACUCUGUAUAUCUGCGAUUCUAGCACAGGGUUUAUAAAUUAUAAUGCCAAUAUGUUGCAUUAUAUACAGUCAAUGCCAGUAUUCAACUGUUUGUUCACUCAGGUUGAUAUAAUUUCAAUAUCCAACUGUGUUGGUAGUGCCAAUAUCCAACUGUGUUGGUA